CACGUGAAGCAUGGGACUGCUUGUGAGUCAGCAGCACACACAAGCAUCGACCCGUCCACCCACCGACGGCAUGCCUUCCUUGCACUGCACCACAUUGCUGAGUGCAUUCAUUGUGUGUAUGUCUGCAGCAGCAGCAGUUAGGCAGGCUAACCACUCCCCCCUCCCUCUCCCUUGCUUGAUCUCCCUCUGGCUGGGAUCAGAUCCCCCGUUUUACUCUCUCUGCCUCUCUCUCUCUCUGCCUUUCGACUGUACACCCCCGUCAGUCAGCCCAUUAGUCAAGCCAUCAAUGAUACACCACAGCAGCACAGCAGAGAAAGAGAGACCCGCCUCCCUCCCAUACCCAUUCACCCACCAACAGACACAGCAAGCACCUCUCACCCACCACACAGGCCAGGCCUCUGCUAUCCACUGACUCAUCUAGCCAUACAUAUUCCAAACUCGUCCCUCUCUCUCUCUCUGUCUCUUUCACUCGGAUCUUCGUUGCUGCUGCUGCUGUUUCUGCUGCUCUGGCUGCGCUACACGCCCUCCGCUCUCUCCGCUGCUGCUGCUACCGCUAUCACUAGCCGGCUCUACGUACGCCCGGGGCAGCUUCUGCACACCUGCACAACAGAUGGACCACACACAUGGCAUGGGGUGGGGUAGGUAGGACAGGACACAACCACACAAACCAGAGCGUAGGUGUUUGGACAUUAUGCGUACCCAUGUGCAGGUCAAACAAAGGUGGGAACUCCUCCCAUGGCCGCGUCGAAAAGUACCGAGGCGACCUCUGCUGCACACUGCCGCCAGCCUUCGCACUACCCUUGGGGCGUUCCUCCGGUCUCCUGUCCUUGUGCCCCUUGGUGUUGGUCUGCUGCUGCUCGGCUGUUUGUGUCUGUGCGCGUGUGGUGGGCUCGGCGAAUGGCGGCCUGAGUGGUCCUGGUGGGUCGCUCGGUAUGACGGCUGAGACCUUCUUGUGGUUGUUAGCGGCUUCCACCAACAACUUGUCUACUGCUGAUGGGUCGUCUGCAACAGGCAUCCAACACAUGCGGAUGAGUAUGUGUGUGUAUCUGUGUCACAUGUAUGUAUGUGGCGCAUUUCAUGCCUGGGUGCGUAGGCUGCUUAGCUUAGCUUACCGUCUAGGUCGUAUUUCUGCUGCUUCUGUUGUCGCCAUGGCGGCGUCCCAUAUGGAUCCCCUGGGGACACGCACAGCAUACACACAACAGAUGCAUCCACGCUUCUCUGUGUGUGUGUGUGUGUGUGUGGCGCUGUUUGUGUGCUGACCCCAUGGAUCAUCGUUAGGCCGUUGUGGGAUGGGGAUGGGGAUCGGCACGGGCUGGGGAUUCUGUGACAAACCACACACACACACACACACACACACACGCGUGUUGAAUACCACACUGCUUGCUGUGUCCAAAGGGGUCUUUGUGGGUAUGUGGGCAGUCAGUCCUUACCUGCGGCCAGGGGACGGGGAUGAACCACCCAUCGUCUGCACACAGACCAGCCAGCCAACCGCAAACACGUGCAGACAUCACAUCAAUCAGUGGAUGGGCAGGCAGGCAGCACAUUCAUCAGUCAGGUGCACACACACCAUCAUCAUCGCCGGGGAAGGGCAACACAUCCGGCCACCUGCAGACACAGCAGACCAUCACACAAAUGACAAGUAAGCGUGUCAUGAACGAAUAUGUGGGCUUCGGUGCCUUGUGUAUACCAUGAUGGCCGCUCCAUGGUGUCAGGAUCCCUCAGCGCCCGUGCGUAAGUGUCCCUCACGAGGGCGCUCAGCUGGUCGUCGCUCUCAUACACCAAGUAGGACGGCACCGUCCAGUCGGGCCAAUAAAAUGAAGAAGAAGAAGACACCUCACGUCCACGUGACCCCCGCUGCUCGGCCGCGGCUCUCUUGACCGAUGCUGCUCGCCUGCAAUCCCAACACACACACACACGCACAACAUGCGCCUUCACCUCAGUGGUGCAUAUCGGCUUGUCUGUGUGGGUGUAGUGUACCUGGUUCGUGUGUGUCUGAUCCUGCUGUGUGGAUGCCAGCUGCUUCGCAGCGGCAAUGUGCGAAAGAAGGUGGGUUUGUUGGUGCUGUCGGUGGUGGUGGUUGUGGUGCUGGUGAAGGCGAGCACGCAGGGGAGCAAGGACACGGGAAUGAUCAACAGGGCCUCCAUGGCCUGAAUGGCACCCGCGGUCGGCAAUCACGGCUGCUCUGCGGACAGCAACAACAGCGACAGAAUACAGAGGAUUGUCAAUCGAUGCCUUUUCGCGCUUGUCGCCGCCUGCUCAUCUGACCUGCUCUCGCUCUGCGAAAUGGCCCUAGCUCGUUUGAUCUUCC